AAAGACCAAAUCAAUUUCAAUCCUUUUCACCAAAAUACAUAAAUAAAUGAAAAGAUGAAUUCAACGAAUUGAAGCCGCCAGUGGGUCCUCAAAAUAAUGGAUUUUUUUACUUUAUUCUAUUCUUUAUGAUCCAUUGCUACCCAUCCAUAAUUGCUGAAUAAAAGGGUCAUAUGGUGUCCUGUUCUUUCAGAUCGAAAAAGGAUCAUGUUACAAUGGGAGUCACCUCUGUUCAAUGGGUUUCUCCUUUCAUCUUCCUAACGAGAUUCUUGCUAGCAAGCUUCUUGCUAUUUGCUUGGCAUGUCGUCUCAGGGACAGGAACCUCCAGGUACACUUAUAUCGUCCACAUGGACAAGUCCCUCAUGCCCAAGGCAUUUGCCAGCCACCAACAAUGGUACUCUGCUACCAUUGAUUCAGUCAAGGUGACCGGUGCAGCAGCAAGAGAGGCUGGUCCAGAAGCUGAUGUGCCUAAUGUUCUCUACACUUACGACAAUGCCCUUCAUGGUUUUAGUGCAGUUCUAAGUCCAGAGGAGCUGGAGAACCUAAAGAAGAUUCCGGGUUACAUCUCAGCUUAUCGCGACAUGGGAACAAUCAUUCCGGAGACAACACACACUGCAGACUUCCUCUCUCUCAACCCCACAACUGGUCUUUGGCCAGCUUCUGAUUAUGGCAAGGACAUUAUCGUGGGGGUUGUUGACACGGGGGUGUGGCCUGAAAGCAGGAGCUUCAAUGAUGACGGUAUGACCCAAAUUCCAGUCAGGUGGAAGGGGACUUGCGAGGAAGGACAGGAGUUCAAAUCCUCCAUGUGUAACUUGAAGCUCAUAGGAGCUAGAUUCUUUAACAAGGGGGUUCUAGCUGCAAAUCCCAGCAUUAAUAUCAGCAUGAACUCAGCUAGGGACACAGACGGCCAUGGGACUCACACAGCAUCCACAGUUGCCGGAAACUACGUGGAAGAUGUGUCGUUCUUUGGCUAUGCCAAGGGAACAGCAAGAGGUGUUGCCCCACACGCACGAGUGGCCGUGUACAAGGUCCUUUGGGAGGAGGGAAGCUCCGAGUCUGAUUUUCUUGCUGGCAUUGAUCAAGCCAUCGCCGAUGGUGUGGAUGUGAUCUCCCUCUCCUUGGGCUCCAGAGCACAUGUACCUUUGUAUGAGAAUUGGAUCGCGAUAGCUUCCUUUGGAGCCAUGGCAAAGGGGGUGCUGGUUGCAUCUUCAGCAGGAAAUUCAGGGCCUUCCUUUGGGAGCAUAACCAAAGGGAUCCCCUGGGCUCUGAUCAUUGCAGCUGGCUCUGUUGAUCGGGAAUUCACUGGAACAAUAACUUUGGGAAAUGGGUCAACCAUCAUCGGAUGGACAUUGUUCCCUGCAAACGUUCCCGUACAAGACGUGCCGUUGGUGUACAACUCCACACUAUCCAACUGUGAUUCUCCCGUCUUGUUAGCUGAAGCCAAUCCUAAUGCUGUUAUCAUUUGUGACCAGUCGCAGUCUGUCUCUUCACAGUUAAAUACUAUUGCUGGGUCCAGAGUGCGGGCAGCAAUAUUUAUCUACAAAAUCUCCGAUGACCCCUCAUUUUAUGAGUUGGAAAAUUUUCCAGGUCCCGGAGUUGUGAUUAAUCCUAGGGAUGCAGCGGCAGUGAUCCAUUAUGCCAAAAAUGGCGGGAAUCCUACAGUUAGCAUCAAGUUCAAGCAAACACUCUUGGGGAUAAAGCCUGCACCCGUUGCUGCUGCCUAUUCUUCAAGAGGCCCUGCCCCCAGCUAUCCCGGAAUCUUGAAACCAGACAUAAUGGCUCCAGGGACUCGAAUCCUAGCUGCUUGGGUACCAAAACAAAUUGCAGCGACGAUUGGGCCACAUGCAUAUUUGGAAAGUGACUACAACAUAAUAUCAGGGACAUCGAUGGCUUGUCCCCAUGCAGCAGGUGUGGCUGCACUCCUAAAAGGGGCACACCCAGAAUGGAGUCCAGCGGCCAUUCGUUCUGCCAUGAUGACCACAGCAAACCCAUUAGAUAACACUUUCAGCCCAAUUUGGGACAAUGGGUUUAGUUCCAGCCCUGCAUCACCUUUAGUCAUAGGAGCAGGUCAAGUUGACCCAAAUCGAGCACUUGAUCCAGGUCUAAUAUAUGAUGCAACUGCACAGGAUUAUGUCAAUCUCCUCUGUUCCACGAAUUUUACCAGGGAGCAAAUCUUAAUAAUUACCAGAUCAAACAGCAGUAGUUGCUCGAAUCCUUCAUAUGAUCUCAAUUAUCCAUCAUUUAUUGCUCUGUAUCAGGUUGGGUCUACAACAACACUGGUCAAAAAAUUUCACAGGACUGUAACUAAUGUGGGAGACGGGGCAGCAACUUACACAGCCCAGGUGGUGGCCCCCAGUAAUUCCAGAGUCAGAGUCUCACCAAAAACACUGGUUUUUAGCAAGAAGUAUGAGAAGCAUAGCUAUACCCUGACUAUGAGGUAUAAGAGUGGGAUGAAUUCACAUGGGUCAGUUGUUUGGGUGGAAAAUGGUGGUGCAAACCACAAAGUGAGGAGCCCUAUAAUGGUGUCAUCACCCUUUAAUCGCUCAAACUCCUGAAUGCUUGAAAUUAGCUGCUAGGGUCCCAACCCAGUCAGCAUGUAUCUCGCAUAAGCUCUCAAUUGUUGUUACCAAAGAACAGAGAGGAAUAAAUUUUUAAGUUACAUUUAA